AUGGAUCAAGUCAAGCAUCUGGCAGAUCAACCCAAAGAGUUCCUCAAGGAGGGCACCCAGUUCCUCAACCGCUGCCAGAAGCCCGACAGGCGGGAAUUCAUAAAGAUCUCGCAAGCUGUCGCAAUGGGCUUCAUCAUUAUGGGCACCAUCGGCUACUUCGUCAAGCUGAUACACAUUCCGGUCAAUAACAUCCUCGUCGGUGGCGCAUAG